UGGCGGCGCCCACAGUGACUGUCUGGGCCGUGUUCCCCUAAAAGUGGAAACAGAGGCGUGAGGAGCCACAGGCCAGGGCCUGUGAGCAGGCCUGUACCGUCCUGACCACGAGCCGCUGCCUCCAUCGUUAUCGGAAAGCUUAACCUUAAGCCCCAAGAGAAGGCCUUCUACCUUUCUGCACAAUGGCUUCUGCCUGCCGGAGACUGGGUUUUUACAUCUCUUUUCUGAAAAACCAGCUAGAUGGUGGACCAACUAUCAUCAGUGUAGGAAGGAGAGUGAUUCCGGGAUGUGCCAGAGGUAUUUACAGUGCCACGGGAGAGUGGACGAAGGAGUACACGCUGCAGACAAGAAAGGAUGUCGAGAAAUGGUGGCAUCAACGAAUCAAAGAACAGGCCUCCAAAAUUUCCGAAGCUGAUAAAUCAAAGCCCAAGUUUUAUGUGCUUUCCAUGUUCCCUUAUCCUUCUGGCAAGUUGCACAUGGGCCAUGUGCGUGUGUACACCAUCAGUGACACCAUUGCAAGAUUCCAGAAGAUGAGAGGGAUGCAGGUCAUCAACCCCAUGGGAUGGGAUGCAUUUGGACUGCCUGCUGAAAAUGCAGCGAUUGAGAGGAAUCUACAUCCAGAAAGUUGGACGCAAAGUAAUAUUGAACACAUGAGGAAGCAGCUUGAUCGACUGGGCCUGUGUUUCAGCUGGGAUAGGGAAAUAACUACAUGUUUACCAGAUUACUACAAAUGGACUCAGUACCUCUUUAUUAAACUCUAUGAAGCGGGGCUGGCCUAUCAGAAGGAGGCCUUGGUUAACUGGGACCCAGUGGAUCAAACAGUGCUUGCCAAUGAGCAGGUGAAUGAACAUGGCUGUUCGUGGCGUUCUGGAGCAAAGGUGGAACAGAAGUACCUCCGACAAUGGUUUAUUAAGACGACUGCCUAUGCAAAGGCCAUGCAGGACGCACUGGCAGACCUUCCAGAGUGGUAUGGGAUAAAAGGCAUGCAAGCCCAUUGGAUCGGGGACUGCGUGGGCUGCCAUCUGGACUUCACACUGAAGGUGGAUGGACAAGUCACAGGAGAAAAGCUAACUGCCUACACGGCCACCCCCGAAGCCAUUUACGGUACCUCCCACGUCGCCAUCUCUCCCAGCCACAGACUCUUACACGGGCACAGCUCCCUGAAGGAAACCCUUCAGAAGGCACUUGUUCCUGGCAAAGAUUGCCUCACACCCGUGAUGGCUGUGAACAUGCUCACCCAGCAGGAGGCCCCUGUCGUUAUCUUGGCCAAAGCGGACUUUGAGGGCUCUCUGGAUUCCAAAAUAGGAAUCCCCAGCACCAGCCCAGAAGACACCGUCUUAGCCCAGACUCUGGGCCUACCCUACUCUGAAGUUAUAGAAACUCUGCCAGACGGCACCGAGAGAAUGAGCAGCUCUGCUGAGUUCACAGGCAUGAACCGGCAGGAUGCGUUUCUAGCCUUGACGCAGAAAGCCCGGAAGAAGAGAGUAGGUGGAGACGUGACAAGUAACAAACUGAAGGACUGGCUGAUCUCACGACAGCGGUACUGGGGCACGCCCAUCCCCAUGGUGCACUGCCCGGCCUGUGGCCCGGUACCUGUGCCUCUGCAGGAUUUGCCCGUCACCUUGCCCCACAUCACGUCUUUCACCGGCAAGGGAGGCUCCCCACUGGCCGCGGCUUCAGAGUGGGUGAACUGCUCCUGCCCUAGGUGCAAGGGAGCUGCCAGGAGAGAGACAGACACGAUGGAUACCUUUGUUGAUUCCGCCUGGUACUACUUCCGCUAUACUGACCCGCAGAAUACUCAUAGCCCUUUUAACACAGCAUUGGCAGAUUACUGGAUGCCUGUGGAUUUGUACAUCGGAGGGAAGGAACAUGCCGUCAUGCACUUGUUCUACGCGAGAUUCUUUAGUCAUUUUUGCCAUGAUCAAAAAAUGGUCAGACACAGAGAGCCUUUUCAUAAGCUGCUGGCCCAAGGCCUUAUCAAGGGACAGACAUUCCGCCUGCCAUCUGGACAAUACCUACAGAGAGAAGAAGUAGAUCUCACAGGCUCUGUUCCUGUUCACUCAGAAACGAAGGAGCAGCUGGAGGUAACGUGGGAGAAGAUGAGCAAGUCUAAGCACAAUGGGGUGGACCCCGAGGAGGUCGUGGGGCAGUUCGGCAUCGAUACCAUCCGGCUCUACAUCCUUUUCGCUGCCCCUCCCGAGAAGGAUAUCUUGUGGGAUGUGAAGACUGAUGCCCUCCCGGGCGUGCUAAGGUGGCAACAGCGUCUGUGGACCUUGGUGACCCGCUUCAUUGAGGCCAGGGCAUCUGGGAUGGUUCCCCGGCCCGAGCUCCUGAGGAACGAGGAGAGAGCCGAGAGCAAGAAGCUCUGGGAGUACAAGAAUGCAGUUAUCUCUGAGGUGACCGGCCAUUUCACAGAGGACUUCUCACUGAAUUCUGCAAUUGCUCAGUUGAUGGGACUCAGCAGUAACCUCUUGCAAGCUUCUCAGAGAGUGGUUCUCCACAGCCCUGAGUUUGAGGACGCGCUGUGUGCCCUGGUGGUGAUGGCUGCCCCAAUGGCCCCUCACAUCACCUCGGAGCUCUGGGCAGGCCUGGCACAGGUGCCUGGGAAGCUGUGUGCCCACUACGCCUGGGACGCUGGUGUGCUGCUUCAGGCGUGGCCUACCGUGGACCCGAAGUUCCUUCAGCAGCCUGACGUGGUGGAGAUGGCUGUCCUGAUCAACAACAAAGCCUGCGGCAAAAUCCCCGUGCCCCAAGGAGUCGCGCAGGACCAGGACAAGGUCCAUGAACUUGUCCUCCAAAGCGAGCUGGGUGUCAAGCUCUUGCAGGGGCGAAGCAUCAAGAAGGCUUUCCUGUCCCCUAGAACGGCCCUCAUCAACUUUCUGGUGCAGGACUGACUACAGGAGGGCGGCCUCUGAGGAAGGAGGGGGCCUCCUUCCCACUGCUGCAGGGGAGGAAGGCUUGGGAGUGUGCUGGCCCGGGGCGGGGGAGCAACAGAUGUCCUCGUGCUCUGACAUGGGCUUGGGCAGUGAGCCUGUGUGGCGGGGCCGGUGCAGGGGUGAGGGUGGGUGUGGACAGAGGAGGAGGGCAAGCAGGGGCAGAGGGCUUGGGCAACCGCUGCAGGUGGAGGAAGCCAGCUGACGCAGGUGAAGCCACCAGAGGAACUGCUGGGUGUCCCCUGGGGGUCUACAGGAAGGCAAGAAGAGAAGCAAGUGAGAAUGAACCUGGUGCCUCUUGGGCAGCCUGGGAGCUCUGACUCCUAGAAAUUGUGCUGCCUUAGGCACACCCCGGAAACAUGAGGGUAAACUGAGGACCCACACCCGGCACAGGAGCAGUAUGGACAGCCAGUGUUAAACGGGUGACAGCUUGGGCAUCAAUGCAGAUGGUCUACUCACUCUCACGCUGGACGGGGGAGCCAUUUGGAUCGUGUCCAGAUGUCCAGUGUGUGGCGAGCCCGCUGCAAUCUGCAGAAGCUGCUCUGAGCCUGGUCCCUCUCUGCAGGCGUCCCCGCUGCCGGGCCUGCUCUGCUGCUGACACACGGGCUCUUGGGCGAAGCAUGGCUUCCAACUCCCCCGGGAUGUAAAAUGUGCUGCGGCGUGAAGCAGAACCACGCUGGUUCUGAGCUCAGCUGGUGCCGAUCCCAGGCCCACCGCAGCCCCAUUGGGAGGCUGCUCAUGUGGGCCCCAGAUGGCCCGACGUUGCUGUGCCCCCAGCGCCUCUCGUUAGCCAGAGUGAGCUUGCCCCAGGCGAGUGGGCCGAUGCCACCGAGCGCUGCCUCCACGUUCGAGCCACCACUGCCGUCUGGCUGCCAGCGAGGUUGUCCGUGCAUUAGGGUAAUCUGGUUUUAUGUGAAGUCAACAAUUAGGUGCUCUUACCAGAACUGGCCUGAGCCACUGAUGAACGCUUAUUGGGGAAGUGGAGGAGAGUGCAGCCAUUCUGCGCCCCUGAAAAUCUCUAUUAUUUUUCCGAAGUAGCCUCACAUGUGGCUACAGCUUAGCAGCUAACAGAUGACUUUUUUUUAACGCAAUAAAAUGUUUGUCAUGUA